UUGUAACAACAAACGCACCACUCCCCCAAUGACCUCGCCCUCCUUGUUAUGAAACACCUAAUUUUUGACCACUUUGUAAUUUCAAUCCAGGAAAACCGAUAAAUACAUAGCUAGCACGUURCCACACCAGUGAUUUCGAAGAAGCUUUGAAUUUCAAGUAUUGAAUGAGAAGGACUUUAGGACUGAUCAGAAACCUCCCACAAUGCUGAAAACAAUUGGGCAAGCUCUUUUUUCGACUACUUUGCAGAAUCCAAAGUUUACACCUAACGAGAAGAAUAAGGCUCCUGACUAUGAGGUCCGUACCUAUCAGACAACCAACUGGAUAAGCACUACUCUGACUGGUAUGGAGCAGCAGGCUGCGAUAAGCACUGGGUUCCGACGCCUGUUCAACUACAUCCAGGGCAACAACCACAACAAGGAGAACGUGGAGAUGACAGCUCCAGUGACGUGUCUGGUGGACCCUGGGGCUGGCCCGGCCUGUGAGACCACCUUCACAGUGUCCUUCUAUAUCCCAGAGGAGCACCAGGCCGACCCGCCCCUGCCCAGCGACCCAGAAGUCUUCCUGGAGAACAGAAAGGAGUUCACUGUGUUUGUCAGGACGUAUGGGGGUUUCACCAACAUGCAGAAGAGCCGUGAGGAGCUUCUGAAUCUGCUAGAGAGCCUCCAGAGGGACGGGGCACGCUACAAGGACAUGCCCUACUACGUCUGUGGCUAUGACAGCCCCUUCAAACUAGUCAACCGCAGAAAUGAGGUCUGGAUCCUCCAGAAGACAGAGCCAUAGUAACGGUUCAAAGGGGUCCCUGCCUUUCUCCUCGAAGUAUGCACUUGAACACUCAUUUAUUUAGAAGUAUUGGAUUGGUGUAGGCAUGGACUAGUAUAGAGGGAGUUCCGAUCAGAUUCACUUUAUAUCAGUGUAUGCUGCWAAGAGGAGGAUGGCUCAUGAUAAUGGGUUGAACAGAUCAAAUGGAAUGGCAUCAAACACAUGGAAACCAUGAUGUGUUUGACGUAUUUGCAACUAUUCCGCUCCAGCCAUUACCACGAGCACAUCCUCCCCAAUUAAGGUGCUAGCAACCUCCUGUGCUAUAUAUACA